CCAAAACGCGUUUUCCCGAAAGAUUGUCUUCAUGCGGCUUCCGUACCCACGUUGACUAACAUAAGAUGCGAACGUGAAAUAUUUAUUUGUAUAUAUUUGGAAAGAAAACGAUGUAAUUGCAGACGGUGCAGCAUGAGAAAUACUGAAGAAGAUUUUGAGAAAUAGAGAGGAGACAGCAGCAUAUCCUGCUCAACUGUAGUAAAGUUCAUCUCUGUCUCACAAACAUGUUUCCAGAAUUGAACAGUAUUCUCAAUUCCACUCCAGACAGUUUCAAAUCGAGUGACUUUAUCCUAGUGUCAGACAGACGAGCUGAUGCAUCAUUCCUUAUUCAUCACUAUCUGUCUUUCUAUUUACGUGCUGGCUGUAAGGUGUGUUUUCUGGGUCUUGUGCAGUCCUUCAGUCACUACAGUGCUGUCGGUCAGAGGCUGGGAGUGAGUCUGGCACAGGCGAGAGAGAAGGGUCAGCUCGUGUUUCUUGAAGGACUGAAGGAUUCUAUUGGAGUUUUAUUACAGGAGGACACCAGUCAGGAGACACAACCUUUGAGUUAUCUCAGGACCCCAGGUGUUGGACUGGAAGGUCUGUUCAGAUUUGUGGAACGCUCUGUGCGUCAGAGUGGAGAUGGUGAUGCUGGUGAAUCAUGGGGUCCUCCAGUGUUACUCAUAGAUGAUCUCAGUGUGCUUCUGAGUUUAGGUGUUAGUGUUGGAGCAAUACUAGACUUUACCCUCUACUGCCAAGCCACCGUGUGCUCUGAGUUACAGGGAAAUAUGGUAAUUCUGGUGAGAUGUGAGGAGGAGGAUGCAGAUGAUGACGAAGAGGGAUCAAACCUGCUUCAGAGGGGACUAGUUCAUCAGUGUAACUUGGCUUUACAUGUAGAGGGGUUACCCACGGGCUACUGCAGGGACAUACAUGGACAGAUUGAGGUUUGGUGGCAACAGAGAGGAGAGACCAUCAACAACCAACGAAAAAUAUUUCACUUUAAAGUUCAUGAUAAAGGAGCAUCAUUUUUCGCUCGAGGGACUUCUAGUGCUGUUCUCUAAGUUUUCAAAUGAAUAUAAGUUUUCACAUUGAAUCUCUUACUGAAAUAAUGUCACUAUUUAGUUUGUUUGACAUAAAUGCAUAUAUUUAAUACA